CCGGGGCUGGCAGGGAGGUGGCGGGGGGCGGGGACUGCGCGCCACCCGCUGGGCUCCGGAAUCCUCAAAGCCAACCCUGCGGAGCCGCGUUCCGGGGCGCGGUGCCACAAGGCUUGGCCCGGGCGGGCAGGGGCAGGGCGCGCCCUCCGCCAAAGGAAGCGCUUUUGCAGCGGGGCCAUGGGCUAGUCUCCCGGCCCAGCCCGGGGGCGAGGCGGCGCAGAGGGACCCCCCGCGGCGCACCCAUGGGCAGCCCCGGAAACCGCAGCGGCGGUGCAGAGGGCGCGGUGGAGCCGCCGUGGGCAGAGCUACUGCCGUGCGACGAGCGCCGCUGCUCGCCCUUCCCCCUGCGGGCGCUGGUGCCCGUGACCGCCGUGUGCCUAGGGCUGUUCGCCGUCGGGGUGAGCGGGAACGUGGUGACGGUGCUGCUGACCGGGCGCUACCGGGACAUGCGGACCACCACCAACUUGUACCUGGGCAGCAUGGCUGUGUCCGACCUACUCAUCCUGCUCGGGCUCCCCUUCGACCUCUACCGCCUCUGGCGCUUCCCGGCCCUGGGCCUCUCGCUCUACGUGGGCGAGGGCUGCACCUACGCCACGCUGCUGCACAUGACUGCGCUCAGCGUCGAGCGCUACCUCGCCAUCUGUCUCCCGCUCCGGGCCGGCGUCCUCGUCACCCGGCGCCGGGUCCGCGCGCUCAUCGUUGCGCUCUGGGCCGUGGCCCUGCUCUCCGCUGGGCCCUUCUUCUUUCUGGUGGGCGUCGAGCAGGACCCCGGCCGCUUCGCAGUCCAGGACUUCAACGGCACCACACAGCUCAUCCCCUCGCCCCGCACCUCGCCGCUACCCCUCGGGUCCUCGGGAGCUCCACCGCUGUUCCCGCCGUCGGGACCCGAGGCGGCGGUGGCUGCCGCGCUGUUCAGCCGCGAGUGCCGGCCGAACCCCGGACAGCUGGGCGCGCUGCGCAUCAUGCUGUGGGUCACCACCGCCUACUUCUUCCUGCUCCUGUGCCUCAGCGUCCUCUACGGGCUCAUCGGGCGGGAGCUGUGGAGGAGCCGUGGGCGUCUGCGAGGCUCGGCCGCCUCCGGGCGGGAGAAGGGUCACCUGCAGACGGUCCGCGUCCUGCUGGUGGUGGUUCUGGCGUUAGUUUGCUGGUUGCCUUUCCACGUGGGCAGAAUUAUUUACAUAAAUACCGAAGUUUUCUGCAGAAGCGGGGAGGCUGAGGACUCCGGAGGCAACACGGCUGGCUGCACAGAGACCAGCGCUAACCCACAGACAUCGGCAACCAGCGCGGCCAAGCACCGUGCCUCGUCCCACAGUGCUGGGACUUAAGGGAAAACUGGUCUGUAGGGAGAUAACCGCAAGAGGGGAACCAGAUGCUGUUAGGAAGAAAUGGAAAAAAUGGUUGAUAUUUUGCAGGUUGGUCAACAACUUAGCAUGAUUUAAAGACAAAACCAAACAAACAAAAUAAAGGUAGGAAAUGUACCUAUCAAUCUCUCUGGUUUUCCUUUCAUGUACCUCCUUGGGGACAUUCAUUUUACUCUCCUGAAAUCCCACAUCACAAAACGUGCUCUGGGGAGCUUUCGUAAGUCCCCAUUCUCCUACUCUUGGGAAAUAUGACUGUUCAUAUUCUGGUUAACAAGUGAUCCAGAGACAUGCUGCCAAAAAAAUGGUCAUGUGAGAGAUCAGGGGUGUAUUUUGGUUUUAUGUCUUGGAUGUAAAUGUGAUGGUACAUAUACAAGGAAUCCAGGAUGAGAGUUUUGAUCCAAAAACUACCUAAUGGCAGCAUAAAUGUUUAGAAGCAAGUGAAAGGAAUUCUAGGUAGAGCCCAGUGUUCAGGGGUCCCACCUCUCUCAGGUUCAGAACAAAUCAAAAAGUUUAGGCACAAUACCCUCUUUCAGAACUACUAUGUAUGAAUGAGUGUGUUGCAACCCACUUCUCGCUGACAGCACCGCUGGCUGAAGGUAUAUGGUCACAAGUGUGAAGGCAGGGAGCUGCAGCGGACGUAGCUUCCCAACAAAGUGACUGCUGAUGACAAGAGCUUGAACAUGCCUUACUCACCUCGGCUUCGUGGGAUAAGGGUUCUCAUCAUUCCUGUUUCAAUGGUGAUGGAACCGAGUCCUGGGUCUGAGUCUGAACUCCAGUCUUUAAGAGCUUCACCCACUCCCACCCUGAGAAACGCCCAAGCCAAUGGAUGUAGUCAAGGGUGACAGGACUGUGCUGGACAUUCUGAACAACAAUUCUGUAACUCUGUUUUGUUUUACAGUGUUAAAUAUAAACCUGUUUUCAGAGGGCUGCUGCUGCCUCGCUCAACUCCAAAGAGCCUCAGUCACGCCAGGGUGUGUAUGAAUGGCACCCCCAGGAGGUGGGCAGGAUACAACUUGCUCAGUUGUCAACUACAAAUGGUGGCUCCACAAACAAAGGGACGCUCCACGUGCUGACAAGGUUCUGUUACUUUUUCGUGUGAUGAGUUACACACAGUGAUGCCUUCAAGUCCCCUUGAAGCAUCCUAACACCCUGGUCCUGCCACCUCUGGUCCAUACUGUGUUUCUUCCGACUCGUGGAAGAAGCAGACAAUGCUCACUUGGGUUAGUCCGGACACUGUGUUCUGCAGAUUUUCAGGGAGUAUUUUUAAAAAGGAUUCAGUGGUCAUAUAUGGUAGCAGAACACUGCACACUCUACCCGCUUCCCCAAGCAUCACAAGAUAUCACAUCUGAGGCUGAGAAGUUGUUGGUGGGGACACUGAUGGAGAGGGCUCACGGCCCAGGGUCCAGCCAUUCCCCUGCUUGGUAGCACUAAGUGGGGACAGGCUGGAACUGCAGCCACACAGUCUUUCUGCUCUCGAGAGUUCCUCUUGGGCAGUCAGAAGCAACCGCUUUCCUGUGGAAGGUCAUGGUUAAGAACCUUACUGGUAUUUUAUUUAUAGUAUUUUAGAUAUAGAAGCAAAGAUAUCUCCUUUGACCUUUCUUGUUCAGAUUCUAGAGGAGAGGGAUUUACAUCACACUUUCCUGUGACCCAGGUGUGUUCCCUGGUGUGCGCAUGGGGAGACCACCAUCCUGAGCUGCCGGGCCCUGAGGUGGAGUGUCUGAAUUCCAUCCCUCCUCUGGAUCACUGUGUGCUUGUUUUCAAAAUACCAGUCUCAACCAGUAUGAAUUGUGAGAUGAGUGGGGUGUCAUAUGUUUCUUUACUGGGAUGAGUGGACGCAACUGGAAGAGAAAAAUCAGUGCAUCACAUGUAGUAAGGCUAACUGUUGUGUUGUGAAACUUUUAACUAUAUAUUGUUUGGUUAUCUUUCCUGGUUCAUAAAAUAAAAUGUGCUCUUAUUGUAAGUCAACAUUUCAAAAAAUAUUUGAAAAGUUGUUCUAAGACCU